GUCUGAUUUACUUGUUUUCUUCAUCUUUAUCGACUUUCGCUCCGUAUUAAGGGCACUGACGAACCCUGGUAUUACUACCAAUCUGCGCUUGCACACCGGACUUUGAUUAGUACCUGCCUUUACUACUCACACUACUCCUACCCUACCUGGACACCGACAUUGCAACCGAUUUUUCAUUUACAAAUAUGAACUGCAUCAACUGUGGGAUUAAUGCUAAUCGUAACAAUGCUAUACGUAUGCAUUUGUUACAAGAUAAAGCAAUAAUAUCAAUUAUACAACAGUGGACUGCCCCUCUAACGAUCACUCACACUGAUCACAUAUGUGAUGCAUGCUGGAAACUUGCAAAUGAUUCUUUGAGGAUUGAAAAUCAUGAAGAUGACACUCCUAGUACUCUGGGUCAUCAACGUGUAUGUGUUUAUUGUGGACGUUCUGUAUUGCGCACACGGUUUCAUUUACUAAGAACUGAUUCUCAACGCGAACAAAGAAUUAGAGAAGUGAUAUUAGAGUGGAUAUUACCUCGUCAGAUUGGAAAUAAGGCAACAUAUCUAUGUCAUUCUUGCUGGGUGAGGGCUGACAGAGCUGCAUCUCAUUUAAGUUCCAAUCCAACGACAUCAACCACUUCAGAACAAGAUGUAACUUCUACUUCAUCUAGUGAAACAGUCACCUUACCUAACUAUAUAAGACCUGUGGAAACUGAAUCUCACUGUUUUUUGAAAGGAUGUGAAAGAAAAGAAAGAAAUCGUGUUCCAGUCAGCGUAAGAAGAAAUUUACUGACCAAAUACAAUUAUUAUGUACCAAAAAAUAAUAGGCUGUGUGAUUUUCAUUCCAAUACUGAGACAUUGGAUUUUAUGGAUAGAAUUAUGGACAAUUAUAUAAAUGUGUUUACAGCUGUUCAUAUUGAAGAUAUGCUGCAAUUAAAAGAGAGCCACUCUUAAUCCGAUUUCAGAAAUAUUUUUGAUAUGCCUGAAAGUUCUUUUUAGAAGUUGUUCGGCUUUACAAAAGACCUAUUUAAUAUAUGUAAUAGUAAAUGACGUAGAACAAUUUAAUAAAAUGAAUAAUGUUGCUACUGCACUAGCCUUAUAUUUAUUAAAUCUGAGGACAGGGGAUUGCAAUGAAAGAUUAUUUAUCAAUGUUAUUUAAAAUUCCAAGGAGAAUUAUGGAAGGUUGUAUCAAUAAAGCUAAGAGAAUUACUAUAAUAUAAUUAUUUUGUACCGCAUCAUUUGGGUAUAAAUCAUAUUAAUAGGCAACAAAUAAUUAAUCGAAACUUGA